UCGAUUUUGAGCUUGAUUCUCGUUUCUCGUUCUCUGCGAAUCCUACUGUUUUUUUCCACAGCUGAUUCUCUUCCAUUUUCCAUUGCCCAUUUUCUUCCUCUUUGGCUCUCGAGAAAAGUCCUCAUGCAAGAAGACUAAAUUUCCAUAACAAACAGGUCUUUCAAUUAUACAACCUGCAUUUUCAAAGAUUCGGUUCACGUUCUUGGGUUAUUCGUUGGAGCUUUCCUGUUACUGGUUCUUGUUUGGAGCUUUCCUGUUACUGGUUCUUGAUUGGAGCUUUCCUGGUUCUUGAUUGGAGCUUCCACCUCAGACUUAGAUAACAGUUUGUCACCUAAAUCACAUGAUUGCUAUGGACAAGAUAAGAUUUCAGGAGCCCUGCGUUUGAUGGACUGCUUGCCAAGUAGUAGUGACAAGAAGGCACUGAAGAGCUGGUUUUUUAUUGAUAAAAGGGUUGGGUGAAGAAGAUAUCUGAGAUUGAUCUGUUGCUUUGCAUCGGUUUUGAUUACUCUGCUGUAAAAGUUUACAUAGUUUUUGAAUUAUAAGUUGUGCUACAAGACUGGAUCCGAUGGACCUCAAGUCAAGUCAUACUUCUCCUGUUCUCACUGAUCCUCCACCCAUGAACAAGGCAAUACUAGGCGUACAUUCCAGUCUGUUGCCUUAUUCAUCUCCGCGAGCAGCUUUCUCUCCAUGUCUUUUGCUGACAAUCCCUAGGAAGAAGACUGGAAUACUUGAUGAUGUUCGCUCAAGCGGUUGGCUGGAUGCCAUGAAAUCUUCAUCUCCUCCUCCUAUGAAGAUAACCAAGGCUGUCAACAAUGAGUAUGCAUCAUAUGAUGCUGAUGUUGUAUACAAUGCCUGGAAGGUUAAGUAUCCAUCAGCAAUUGCAUCUUUUGAGGAAAUUACCAACCAUGCCAAGGGAAAGAGAAUAGCAUUGUUUUUGGACUAUGAUGGGACCCUUUCACCAAUUGUAGAUAAUCCUGACUGUGCCUUCAUGUCUGAUGCUAUGCGUGCUGUUGUAAAAAUGGUCGCAAAAUACUUCCCAACAGCAAUAAUUAGUGGGAGAAGCCGUGACAAGGUAUAUGAGUUUGUCGGACUUACGGAACUCUAUUAUGCGGGUAGUCAUGGAAUGGACAUCAUGGGCCCUGUCAGACAAUCUAUUUCUGAUGACCACACAAAUUGUGUUAGAUCAGUGGAUGAGCAGGGCAAGGAAGUUAAUUUGUUCCAGCCUGCUGGUGAAUUUUUACCUAUGAUCAAUGAGGUUUUGAGAUCCCUUGUUGAACGCACCAAAGAUAUUAUAGGAGUAAAUGUUGAAAAUAAUAAGUUCUGCGUCUCUGUACAUUACCGUAACGUAGAUGAGAAGCAUUGGACUACAGUAGCACAACGUGUCCACGAUGUACUGAAAGACUACCCGUGUUUGCAAUUGACUCAUGGACGCAAGGUUUUAGAGGUCCGUCCUAUGAUCAAUUGGGAUAAGGGGAAAGCUGUCACAUUUUUACUGGAAUCACUUGGGUUGAGUAACUGUGACGACGUGCUCCCAAUCUAUGUUGGAGAUGACCAGACAGACGAAGAUGCAUUUAAGGUCGUGACAGAGGGGCAUCGAGGUUACGGCAUUUUAGUGUCUUCUGUGCCCAAGAAAAGCAAUGCAGUCUACUCUGUGAAGGACCCAUCAGAGGUGAUGGAAUUUCUCAAGUCAUUGGUGACAUGGAAAAAGUCAAGUGCUCUAUAACUGAAUAUAAAGCCAUAGGAAAUAAUCUGACAUACAUAUACAAUAAAGACAGCCUACAUGUUUUGUUUUGGUUUUGGAGCUUAGUUUUCCCAGAAGACAGACGUAUUUGUCGGUCCAUAGUUGCGUCUGCUGCUCAAAAGCUUCUUGUCGUGAAUUGUGUAUAUUCCUGGCUCUAUCUAUAUCUUAUCUUCCCAUGGUUGGCAUCAUCGAAUUAUCUUUUUAGCUUGCUCUGAGAGGAUGCCCUCAUAUAUGAGUUUACUAAUAAUUCAUUUCUCCCUUCCCCAUUUCCUUUCAGUUUUAUUUAUUUAUUUAUUUUAUUUUUGUCAGUGCAUCUCCUUUUGGAGUAUGUAAAGAAUGCUUAAUCAUUUGUUAAUUCUUUUAGAUAUAAAUAUUUCCAUGUUCAUAAGAUUAACUUGGUUAUU